GAGCCCUCUGGCUGUGUGUCUGGAGCCUCUGCAGGACGUGAGGAGCGUUUGCGGAGCCCGUUAGUGCCCGUGGGUGAGCUUCAACUCGCCGACAUGUCCCGCUACCUACGUCCCCCCAACACGUCUCUGUUCGUGAGGAACGUGGCUGACGACACCAGGUCUGAAGAUUUACGUCGGGAAUUUGGUCGCUAUGGUCCUAUAGUUGAUGUAUAUGUUCCACUUGAUUUCUACACUCGACGUCCAAGAGGAUUUGCUUAUGUUCAAUUUGAGGAUGUUCGUGAUGCUGAAGAUGCUUUACAUAACUUGGACAGAAAAUGGAUUUGUGGACGUCAAAUUGAAAUCCAGUUUGCACAGGGUGAUAGGAAGACACCAAAUCAAAUGAAAGCCAAGGAAGGGAGGAAUGUGUACAGUUCUUCACGCUAUGAUGAUUAUGACAGAUAUAGACGUUCUAGAAGCCGAAGUUAUGAAAGAAGGAGAUCAAGAAGUCGGUCUUUUGAUUACAACUAUAGACGAUCUUAUAGUCCAAGAAAACCAAACUGCAGCUGGAAUACCCAGUACAGUUCUUCUUACUACACUUCAAGAAAGAUCUGAGAAAGCGGAAAAAGAACCAAAGAAGGGCAGUUCAAGCGACCAAAGGGUGGGUGGAAGGUGCUGCAGUAUGAAUACUGUAUGAAUAUUUUGACUCUGGUCUGAAAAGAUAAAAGAAUGUCAUUGAAAACUACAUGGAAUAAUUGAAGUCCCUUCAAGUUUGAAAGUAAGCAUUUUAGGACAAAUAAAAGGAAAUUCAACUUUGUAUUUGUGAAAACUAAUCCCUAAAUAUGAAUAGGUUUCUAUUGAUUCAUGAAUAAUAGGCCCAUAAUUAAUUUACUGAAAACUAGGAUGUCUGAAUAUUAAGGAAGACAGCCAUAGUCUCUUACAGUGCCUCUAUUGGUCUGUCUGAAACUGAAUUGGGUGGGAAAAGGUCUGGUCCAGUAUAAACUUUCUUGAUUGUCAGUUCCUUUUUUGCUAUUAUCGACAGAUUUUUGCCUUUGUUUAUUUUGGUGCCAGUGUUUCUGCUUAAUUGUUUGCUUUGUUGGCAUCUUGAGUUUAUUUACUUGUA